CAUGUUUGCAUGUUUAAGUGUACUAUACAGAGUUGGCCUAAAUGAAAAGCAACAAAAAAUUUACGAAGCUGUGGCUCUUUACUGCAAUCGAUAUGCUGAUCUCAUUCCAGUUGCUUUUGUUCUUGGUUUUUAUGUAUCAAUUGUCGUUAGUAGAUGGUGGAAGCAAUUUUUAGUUCUUCCUUGGCCAGACAGAAUGGCUAUGUUUGUUAUGUCAAGCAUUCAAGCCAAUACAGAAAGAGCAAGAAUGAUGAGGCGAGGAAUAAUGCGUUAUAUGUGCCUAAGUUACACCUUAACUCUGGCCAGUAUGAGCUCUGCAGUUAAAAAGAGAUUUCCCUCGUUAUCGCACAUUGAAAAAGCAGGCAUCAUGACGGAAAAUGAACAAGAGAUAAUACAUCAUUUAAAAACCCAACACAAUAAGUAUUUUGUGCCUCUUGUUUGGACAACAUCGCUGUUAACUAGAGCUAGACGGGAAGGUUUAAUAAAAGACGAUUUUGCUUUAAAGACAUUAAUAGAUGAAGUUAAUGAUUUUAGAGGCCGUUUAGGUAUGUUAUUAAGUUUUGAUUGGGUUUCUGUACCACUUGUUUACACUCAGGUUGUUACUCUCGCUGUAUAUGUAUUUUUUAUCGGAUGUUUGAUGGGAAGGCAGUUUAUUGUGGAUAAGGUUGAAGGAAAGAUAGAAAUAGACCCUUAUAUUCCUUAUUUUACUUUUAUGCAAUUUUUUUUCUAUAUGGGAUGGCUUAAGGUUGCCGAAUCUCUUGUUAAUCCUUUCGGGGAAGAUGACGAUGAUUUUGAUAUUAAUUCGUUAAUUGAUAGAAAUCUUCAAGUGUCUUAUUUAAUGGUUGACGAAAUGCAUGCUGAGCAUCCUGAAUUGAUAAGAGAUGCCUACUGGGAUACUGUUGAUUUCAACUUGCCUUAUGCCGCUGGUUCAAAACAAGUUGAUCCUUUCGUUGGUUCGACCUUAAAUCUGCAUAUUCCACAUCAAAGACCUGAUUUCCCUGAAGUUGUUGGUACUAUUGAAGAAGCCGACGAAGAAAUGGGUUUUAUCGGACCGAGAAAUAUCCCCAAGAGUCAUCAUCGAUUAAGGAAUAUAUCAAUGAAAUCUCACAGCCCAUCAUUCAAAUUUCAAUUCCGGAAUCGUCAGACGUCUAGAGAAACAGCGAAAUCAAACCUAAAGCAUGUACCGGGUACCGUUUACAGUAGUAUAGCAUCAUUUCCAAGUCGGAAUGAAAAUCUUCCCGAGCAAGGUGUUUUUGACAUGGAAGUUCGAUCAACUUCGGAUGUUAGCGUCAGUGCUAAAGAUAAACUAAGCGAGCAACACAAAUUAACAACAGUCAGCGAGAAAGAAUCUCUAAUCAAAGAUAGCAGUGAAAAGAGUACAGAGCACAAGUCAAGUAGUGAAACACUCAAGGACAUUGAUGAUCUCAGCGACACGAAAGUAGGGUCAUUCGUUAAAUUCGGUACAGGACCAGAAGAUAUUAAAGGGAAUUUGAUAAACCUAGACAAUCCAAAAGUCACCUAUUCUGCGAGCCUACCUCAAGUAAUUCGUGUAAAGAAUCCGUCAGGAACAGUAAAACCUAGCUUUAAAGACAACGAUUUGGAACCAUUAGAACUUACUGAACCAAAGGAAAUUCCAUCAACUUCCAGCAAGGAAAAAUCAUGGUUAAGCCAUAACCUGAAAAGUUUAAAAAACUAA